AUGGAUGGCCCGAUACCGGCUUCGAUCGGUACUCUUUCCAAGCUGGUUGUGUUGGAUUUGAGCAACAAUUUUUUUCAAGGCGAGCUACCAGUGGAGAUUGGUCGGUUAAGGGAGCUUCGAUAUCUGAGUUUAUUCAACAACAGUCUCAGUGGAACAAUUCCUCCUGAAGUUAGCAAUCUCCAAAAUGUAAGACACCUCGACCUCGGAUACAACUACUUUGUUUCUUCAGACUGGUCUGGUUUCUUGUCCAUGCCAUCGUUGAAGUACCUCCGCUUUGCUAACAAUGAACUCAAAUCGGAAUUCCCUCGGUUUAUAUUCGACUUCCAUAUUCCUUCUUUCCUAGAUUUGUCUUUGAAUAAGUUGAUUGGGGAGGUCCCAUCUUCUUUAGGCCAAUUGAGAAAGCUCAAGAGACUUGAUCUUCAUUCCAUUGGCUUAAACUCUACAAUCCCAUCCGAGCUCGGUUCAUGUGUUAACCUCACCUUUCUGGCCUUAGCUGGGAACCAACUUGCCCUUUUGGACCAAUUUGAUCAGUUUGCAACUUCAAAACAAUCUUUUCACAGGGAAGAUUCCACCAGAAAUCAGUCUAUUAAGAAAGCUCCUGUUCCUCUUUCUCUACAAUCAACCAACUCUGCGGUCCAAUUCCUUGGGAAAUCGGAAAGUUGA